AUGGAAAACACGUCAUCAUUGAUGUCUUGUAUUUCCAUGUUCAGGGACAAAAAGAAGGCUCCCGAUGGUGGAAAUGAUGUGCCCUUGCAAAAGGGAAGAACACGUUCCCCUUCCAUGAGUCUUUUCAAGGUGGCUAUUAGAUUGUUGCGUACAAAACCCGUGGCCGAAAUGGUGCCGGAUUCAAAGCCCGUUCAGGUCGAUGUGGAUUCAAAGGUAGAGUGGAAAGGGAUGGCUGUUGGGUCGGUGCAUCCAAUGCAUUUACAAAGCACCCCAUUGUCCCCAUCUCAUUCCCCACCCAUGAAGGCCACCACUCCUAAGAUCAUGCUCGAGCCCAAGUAUAUGCCCAAUAGAGAAGAAAAGGAGGAAGUUAUCUUGUUGCCGUUGUCUCCGAUAGCAUUUCCAAUUUCGUCUUUCAAUGACGUGUCAUCGAGUGAUUCCAGCCCGUAUGAUUCGCCUUGUGAAGGAAGCGACAAAGAGAAAUGCGAUGAGCACAACGAUGACGGCGGCGAUGAAGAGAUUGAUGCUAAAGCAGAAGAAUUCAUAACUCAAUUUUACGAACAAAUGAGGCUUCAAACCUUGAAUUCUUGA